AUGGAGUACACACAGCGCCUCGCUUUCCGGCAGCUCCCCCACGAGCGGCCGAUUCCCGACUUAAUCCAGGCUGAGAGCAAUUCUCGUCGCUCACGCGUCCUGUUCCUCUACGAAAGGCCGCGAACAAGCCCAAGAGCAUGGCUGGAGAAGCUUCCUCUUGAGCUUCUAUUGAUGAAACUGGAGCACACCUCGACAGUCGACAUCGCAAAUAUGAUGGAGAUCAGCACAGCCCUUCGGUUCAUGAUCGUACCGCAGCUCACGUACCUUGGAGACCGGAUAGCGAGCUUCCACCUUGAGAGGAUCAGAGCGGUUGCCUCUACGCUGGACUUGACGGGCCUGGAUAUCUUCGCCGCUGUUCAGCAUUACGCGAGUUGGCGCGGUGAAUCCAAUCAUGGCAGUAACUUCUACCCCUUGAGAUCGCAGUGGCGGGAAGGGUUUCGCAGGGGUUACAUGCAUGUCUUGUCGGGCUCGAACCCCGAAUGGACGCCAGACAAGCAUGAGACGAUGCUAAUGGACGAGCUCCUCACGUGCCUACAGACAAUAUACCACCUGCGCCAUAGGUCUUUGGCGAGUCGGAACCAAUCCAACGGCGGGAGUCGGCGGCUCAAGCGAUUAGCCAGGAGUUGCGUUCUCCGGGGACCAGCUGAUUGCCCUUCAGCAUGGCGAGAUCAUGCUUUCGAGACGAUGGAAAAUCUAUACCUUUUUGGCGAGGAAGAUAUACUGAAGGUGCUGGAUCAAGCAGAGAAGGUCAACAUAUUGGACGUUGUGUGCGGACAAGGCGUGAAGAGAAUGCCUAGAGGAGACUGGGAGGCACGAUCCAAGGAUUCCCAUGGCGGAGAGUGCUUACGAACUUUCGGAGACAGCUUACCAAUGCUUCACGGAGACCUCAGAUACUUCUCCCGCAGUGGGGUGGAUGGCCAGUUGCGAAAUAUCAUAUCAAGUGGUCCGCAGGCUGAGCAGAAUCCUCUACUUCGGGCGGCUAUACUGGAAGAUCUCGAUAUCUGCAUCCUCGUUUGA